AAACUCAAACUAACGGCUUAUAUUUUAUUCGGGACAUAGACUAGAUCUAGAUCUACAUACAUACGCCUUAGAUCUAGUUUUUCAACGUUUUUUUUUUAUUUUAAUCUAGACUAGAGUCAAUAUAGUCAUUUAUGAUUUAUAGAUAGUCUAAAGUCUAAGAUAGGCCUAUUCACUAUUCAGAGAAUCUAGAUCUAGAUCUAGUAGUAAAGAUCUAGAUUCUUGGUAAACAACGUUGCCAGAGAGGCUUCUUACUGACUAAUGAUUCUGAAAACUUUUCUCUUGUUGUUGGACAGCCAUGUAUCAUUCAGGAGCCCUUUAAUCUAUUUGUUAACUGUUGUAUUUAAUGGCUUGGUGUAAACAAGGACUGGGUGAUGAUGCUCUCACUGCCUUUAUAUUUAAAGGAGAUGGAGACAAACAUGAAGACAACUGGAAGAAACUUGAAAAAAUAGGUGUAGGUGCGUAUGGUGAAGUGUUUAAAGCCAAAGUUCAACUUGCUGCCAAUGAGUGUGAAAUAGCAGUUAAGCAGAUACACAUUGACAAGGAAAAUGCAAAGAAAUCUGCUGAAACUGAAUUGAAUGCCUACAACAAACUGUCUCAUGAAAGAAUUGUCAAAUUUUAUGGAUUCUGUUCAUAUGAUUUUGAGAUGUUCAUCUUUAUGGAAUAUAUGCAUCUAGGCUCACUGGCAAGCUACAUUGGAAAAAAUGGAGCCCUGAAGGAAGAUCAUGUUCGACAUUUUAGCAGACAACUUGUUGAAGGAAUCAAUUAUCUUCAUAAUAAAAAUGUUAUACAUAGGGACAUAAAAAGUGUUAACAUUUUGAUGAAGGAUAAAGGAAAUGUUAAACUGACUGACUUUGGAAUAUGUAAAAUACUUGAAGAUGUUUCUAAAGCUUCCACAACAAACAUUGGUACUAUAAGAUAUAUGGCACCCGAAAUGUCACAGCCUAAUUAUGGGCAUUCUGUCGAUAUUUGGGCAUUAGGCUGUGUAGUGCUGGAAAUGCUGACAGGAGAAAUGCCUUUUUCUAAAAUAGAGUAUCAACAAGUUCAGUAUGUACUGUACAAAGCAGAAGAAACUCCUUUGAAUCAUUUAAAAUGUGAUCUGCCUGUAGCAUCAAUGGAAUUUCUUCAGAAAUUGUUGAAAGUCAAUUCGUCAGAAAGACCUAAAAUCCAAGAUCUCUUGAAUAAUGACAAUUAUAUUACAGGUGCCAACAGCUUUUCUAUGCAACUACUACUAGAAGAAAAUACAAUUCUCAAAGAUGAACUUGCUCAAUGCUUGAGCCGUAUGGAAGAGAUGGAAAACAAAAACAAACAACUUAUUCAAGAACGUGAUGAACACUUGAAGAUUUGUGAAUUGGAUAAAACUAGAACAGAAUCAUGCAAUCUGACAACAUUUGAGAAAGCUGCAAUUAAUGAGAAUAAUUUGGAGAGAUCAUUUAAUUUGCUAACUGAAGACCUAUCAAAAUCAGGGACCAUUACUCCAAUGGAAGAUAAUCUCUUAAAUUUCAAAGAGUGUUCACAAAAUCCUUGCCACACUGGCUUUAUACCUGUGCAGAAUUUGAAAAGGGAACAUUUGCCUGUUGAUUAUCAAAAAAAUUUAAGUACAGCCAUUCAAGCAAUGGCUGACUUAACAGUUAAAGUGACAGUCUCCUUGGUGAGCCCUGGCCGGCCUGCAGUGUGGCCCCAGCACAUCAAUAAGCCAUAUCCUACUGGCAAAAGCGGACGGCUUGGAAGUGGGAUAGUUUGUGGCCUAGAAAAAAUUACAAGAGGAGUGAGACAAGGUGGGAGCAUACAUAAAAAGCUGACAACUUGCCCAUGCAAUGAGUGCAAAUACUCACCCACACCUAAGCAAGAGUGGUGGGAGGCCACGGUGCAAACAGCCAAACAGCUCAUCUUUGAUAACACUGAGGCCAAUUCUGCUAACUGUAUGCUGUUUUAUGAUUCCUAUAAUAGUCAUGAGUCAUAUCUUAACAGCUUUACUAUGGCUAACUCUAGCACUGAAAUGGAUCUGUGUAGGAUAAAAUGUACAAUCUGUGAUCCUCAAAUAGCAGACAAACUAAAGAACUCAUUAGAACUGAUGGAUUUUAGUCUUAAGAAACUAGAUAAGGAGUUAGAGAGAUUAAAAGAUGUAGACAAAUUAGCAGUUUUUGUGUCUCAUCCCCAUGGACUACCCAAGCAUGUCAGCCUUGGCAAAUGGAAGGAAAAAAUCCUGGUAGGAGGCAAGAAACCAUACUAUCAGUUUACAUACUCUACCAAUGCAUGUGAAGGCUGUCUUGGAGCAUUUGUUUAUUGUUUGGGGUAUAGUGGACUUACAUGGUGGAAAUCUACCAUCUAUGGAGGCCCUUACGUUUAAACCUUCCUUAUUUAUUUUUUUAUCUUAUCUUAUCUUAUAUAAUACAGACGUUACUUCAAAAAAGAAGAUGAUUACGUCCUACGCGUCAUGCAUUUAGUCAUGCAUAUUAACCAAUGACUUAAAUUCUGCCAAGUCACUGGUUUUCCUGGCUAGCUCAGGCAACCCAUUCCAUGCUCUAAUAGCACUAGGGAAGAAGGAGU